AUGGAAGCCCUGCAGAGGCAGCAGGCAGCCAGACUGGCCCAGGGGGUGAGGCCACUGGCCCCUCCACGCCCGCCGCCACCACAGCCUCCCUUGGCUGGCCCCCGCACUCUGCUGGCCCCCGAGAGGGCCUCGGGGAAGGCUGGGGCUGAGGAAGAGGAGGAUACGGGAGAGGAUGAGGAGGGGGAGGAAGCUGGAGCGGAGAAAGAGGCAGCUGAGGAGAGUCAUCCAGGAACCCGGGGUCCCAGCUCACCUUCCAGCCAGCCCCCUGGACCUCAUCCCCAUGAGUGGACCUACGAGGAGCAGUUCAAGCAGCUGUACGAGCUCGAUGCAGACCCCAAGAGGAAGGAAUUUCUGGAUGACCUGUUUAGCUUCAUGCAGAAGAGGGGGACGCCAGUGAACCGGGUGCCCAUCAUGGCGAAGCAGGUGCUGGACCUGUACGCGCUGUUCCGCCUGGUGACGGCCAAGGGCGGCCUGGUGGAAGUCAUCAACCGCAAGGUGUGGCGGGAGGUCACGCGCGGCCUCAGCCUGCCCACCACCAUCACGUCGGCCGCCUUCACUCUGCGCACCCAGUACAUGAAGUACCUGUACCCAUACGAGUGCGAGACGCGGGCGCUCAGCUCCCCGGGGGAGCUCCAGGCGGCCAUCGACAGCAACCGGCGCGAAGGCCGUCGUCAGGCUUACACCGCCGCCCCCCCGGCGCUCGCCUGCGCACAGCUGAGCCCGAGCCCCAUUAAGAAAGAGGAGAGUGGGAUUCCAGCCUCUCGACUGACACUGCCUGUGGGCCUGGCAUUUGGAUCUGCACGGGAGAAGUUGGCACCAGAGGAGCCUCCAGAGAAGAGGGCUGUGCUGAUGGGGCCCAUGGACCCACCUCGACCUGGUGCACCCCCCAGUUUUGUGCCCCAUGGCAAGGUUCCCCUAAGGGAAGAGCGGCUGGAUGGGCCUCUUAAUCUGGCAGGCAGUGGCAUCAGCAGUAUCAACAUGGCCCUAGAGAUCAACGGGGUGGUCUACACUGGCAUCCUCUUUGCCCGCCGCCAGCCUCUGCCAGCUUCCCAGGGCCCAACUAACCCUGCACCCCCAACUCCUACAGGGCCCCCUUCCAGCACCUCACCCUGA